CAUUUUUAACACUUUACGACCAUAAGGCUCUUAUUCAUUGUAAGGCAAAGGUUAUGUUUUAAAUCAUACGCUUUGUUUGCUGAUAUUCUUGUUUAAGUUACUUAUUUGAUAUAAGUUCAGCUAAUUAAUAUGGAUGUGGUCCGUUCCAACUUCGUUGAAUUACUUCCAAAGAUAAGGAAUGACAUUAAAACGUGUGAUUUUAUUGCCAUUGACACGGAACUCUCUGGUCUUGGUCAAAAUGGCAAUUCUUUUUUUGAUACACUUGAAGAGCGCUAUUUAAAAAUUAAAAACUCAAUCUCUCAAUAUCUUCUGAUCCAAUAUGGUCUAAGCUGUUUCACCAAAUCAUCCACCGAUAAUUCCUAUUCUUGUGCAAGUUACAAUUUCUACAUAUUUCCUUACAAGGUACCCGGUGCUAACAACUACAAAGACAAAAGCUUCUUGUGUCAACCUUCUGCUCUCACAUUUUUGUCUGGUCAUAACUUCGAUUUUAAUAAAUGGAUCCGUGAAGGUAUCUCCUAUAUGAACUUAGAGGAAGAGGCUCACUUAACUGAAACAUUGAAAAAUAAAAAUGUCUCUGUCAACACGACCAUAAACGAUCUGGAUAGUACUGUACGGAGUCUUAAUGAAUCAAGUAGUCAAUUGGUAAACACUAAUCAUGUUCCUGAUGACCAGAAAGAUUUUAUUGAAAAUUUUAUGUCUGGUCUCAAUGAUUUUUUCAAUGACAGUACAAGAACCAAAUGGAAUGUUGAUCCUUGUUCACCUUAUCGGAGGAAAUUGAUUUUUCAAUCAGUUGCUAGUUUAAAUAUGUCUGGUUUGAAACUAACUUCUUGCCAAGUUACUGAAAACAGUUCAGAGCGAUUCAUCUCUAUUGAAAAAGUGAGUGCCGAACAAAAAGCAAAGGAAGAAGCUCAACUAAUUGACGAGGCUGUUGGCUUUACAAAGGUUGUUCAAGAAUUAAUUGACUGUAAGAAGCCGAUUGUUGGGCACAACUUGUUGCUAGAUAUGGCCCAUACGGUUCAUCACUUCAUCGGACCCCUCCCAGACACUCUUGUCGAUUUCAAGGAAAUGCUUUCUGAGCUUUGCCCUUAUACUUAUGACACAAAAUUAAUGGCUAAAUUUGACUCUAAGCUUGACUCACAAUUUCAAAACACCGCACUCAAUGAUCUCUACAAUGUUAUCCAAAAAGCUCCUUUUUCAAAUAUUAAAGCCAAGAUAAUAAAUAGAUCAGAUUCAGAUGAAAAGACAAGCUUCCACAAUGCCAGUUAUGACUCAUAUAUUACUGGACUAAUAUUCCUCAACAUGUUACACUAUUUAAGUCCUAAAAAUCAAAAAAGCAUAUUGGAUAGCAGUGAAUUUACCAAAUUCCGAGGGAAAUAUAACUUGACUUUCAGUUUCGAUUUGGCUUAUUUGGAUAUAAACAAAGAUCAAAAGAAUCAAGAACGUUCUAAUGUAUUCCAUUUAACUUUCCCACCAACUUGGACCAGAUCAGAAAUCUAUGACCUUCUUUCUCCAUUCAAGCCUGGUCAAAUUGGUUGGAUUGAUAGUACAUCAGCUUUAAUCGCCUUAAAUGACGUCAAUGGAGUCAAAGACAUUGAUAGAGUUUUGACCAUUCAGAAAAAUUCAUCAGUUUGCACUAUAAAAUCUUAUAGAGCAUUUAUGGAUGAAAAAUCGCCUUCACAAGUACCGAAUUCAGGGAAACGUAAAAGCAAUCAUUUUGAUGGUGACAAAGUGGUCGAAACGUCAACGCCGAUAGUUAAAAAAUUUAAGCCAACUCCUGUUAAACCAGAAAUUAAAAUGUUUGCACAAGAAUCUGAUUGGUCCUAACAAAUUCUGCAUUUUCAUAUUUUUUAUUAGCUACUUUUCAACGAACAUUUUUUGUAAUUUAUUCAAAACUGUGUUAAAUUAUUAUUAUUAUUGUUUUUUUCUAUUGAUUGAUGAUUGUUAUUGAAUGCGCAAUGAAUCCAAGCUAUCUUUUCACUCUAAAAUUGCAGGUUGGAAAUUGAUUUGUGACCUCAUUUCACUGUAAAGCUUCACAUUCAGUAAGCAGUUUAACUAAGUCACCGCAUUUAUCCAAUGCUAUCGUUUCAUCUCCACCGCCAAUACAACGUCCACAAAUGAAAACUCUUGGAACCUAAAAUUUAUCAGUUGCAUUGUAAGUUAUCGAUAUUGGAAUAUUAAAGUUGCAUGCCAUUGGCAUUAUAUGUUUUCAAUA